AUGACCUAUAGAGUUUCAGGGCUGUUGCAGAAGAGCGGCAAAAUAUUAAAAGGAUGUUAUUACAGCACCUUAAAGCUUGCAGUAGAUGGCAGUAUAAAGCGUGCCAAACCACCUAAUUAUGAUUUCUUUAGCUGUGGAAAUAAUUACCUAAGAUUCCUAUUUGAUAAUACUAAAACUAUGGAUCGAUUUAACGAUAAUUCCAAAGUUAUAGUGGUCGAAGGUAAUAUAGCCUCUGGAAAGUCUAACGUCGCCGCUAAGUUGGCUAAAUAUUUUGAUAUGGCGUAUUUUCCUGACCCAACUGAAGACGACAUAUAUAUUUAUAGAAAUGUGGAACCAAAUUUCGAUAUUCGCUGUCACAACUUUUUGCUUCCUAAUUAUGCAAAAUACUAUACAUGUGAAAUGUUUUGGAAUGAACCGGAUCUCAUAAAUAAAGGAAAAGGACUAUAUCUUCAAUACCACUUCUACUUAAGACGUUACUGGAAUUACUUAAGAGCAUUAUGUCAUUUAUUUAAUACAGGUCAAGGCGUUGUGAUUGACCGAAGUCCGUUUUCAGAGUUUGCAUUCGCUGAUGCCAUGUAUAAGUGCAAUUAUUUGUCAGAACGAGGAUUAUUAUGGUUCAAACAGAAUCACACGAUGACCAUAAACAACCUUUGGAAACCGCAUCUACUAGUGUACAUCAAGGCCCCUAUUAAGCAAAUACGUGAAAAAAUAAAGAAACGUAAUAUCCCUUGGGAAGUAAACGCACGCAAUCUGACUGAUGAAUUUUUAAAUGCUUACGAAGAUAUACUUGGAAAUUAUUAUAUAGAGCAUAUGGACCGUUACUCUCAUAUCCUCACUGUUGAUGGUUCAACAGUGGAUGUUUACGAUGAUGAUGAUAUCUAUAUUAUUGCACAAAAUGCCACUGAAAUUGACUUAAGUGGUCAAUAUUUAAUGCGUGAUGAUUACAAACUACUUCAAUGGCGUCUUGCUUUAAGAUAUGCAAAUAGUUUAACAAAUUCCAGACUUCAGUUUUCAAAUGCUCAUGAAAAAUUUACAAGAGUAUUUAAUGAAGUACAAUUUCCUAUGGAUUUAAAUGAAUUAACUUAUAAUUAUGAAGCACAAGAAUUACAAGGUGCAGCUAUUCAUAUGGACCCUCGUACUUGUAUACCACCUGCAUAUAAUCCAAAAUAUAAAAGUGUACUUGAAAUAAUGUUUAAUCCAUGGAUUAUGAAAACUAAUUUCAGUGCUGAUCUACCAAAAACAUAUAUAUGGAAGUAA